AUGCUAAAUGCUGUUAAUGUAUUAGAUAAUUUAAUCCUCAUAACUUUUGGUCACACCAAGGUCUUAUACUUGGAGUCAAGGAUACUCUUCAGUAACAGCCCUCAAGGAUUAACAUCUUGGAGGAAAGCUAUUCUUCACAAUGUAGGACUAAACCAUGCUUAUUUCAAGAUUUCAAUGCAGAGUCUUUUGCCUAUCAUUAAUAUUAUUCCAUCAGAAGGAAUAAUUCCUCCUGGGGGGCUGACUAUCCUCAAUAUUUCUUGUACACCCACUGUGGCAGAAAAAUUUGAUACAAAAACAAAGAUUGCUAUUCGUCGUGCAAAUGCCAUAGACCUUAGAAUUGGUGGAUGUGUUGAGAUUGCUGAUGUUGAAAUCCAUCCAAAUGUAUUUAAUUUCAGUGGCACCUAUGUGGGCGCUACUGAAAUUAUUCCAUUUGUCAUCAAGAACAAAGGUUUAACACGUGCCAGAGUGGCAUUUAAUCUAGAAAAGUUUCCGAAUUUUUCAAUGGAUCUUAAAAACAAGUCAGGUGAAUUAGCAGACCCUGCAAUUCCUUACAUAUAUUCUGUGGAGUUAGAGGAAAAUACAUCUGUGGAAUGUGGCAUAGCAUUUUCUCCCAAUGAAGUGGCAACUUUUGACUUCACUAUUCAAGUUCAAAUUAAUUUCUUCAAGGCUUCAGAGCUCUAUACAGAAUAUUUGUCAAAUUCUUCUAAGAUUCCAAUGACAACACCACUUAUUCAACCAUGUUAUGUGCAAGCUAUUGUAUUGCAAGCACCAUUGGAAUUAUCCAGUAUUGAGUUUGUAUUCCAAGUCCCUUUACAUGAACUAGAUACUAAAAACAAGGUCACAAAAACUCAGGAUCUUGUCCUACGUAAUAUUUCCAAAAAAAAUGUGCAAUGGAAUUUGGAUCUUAGUAGUACCGGCAAACUUUUCAAAAAAGGCAUAUUCAAGUUUAGUGUACUUACUGGGAAUCUGAAACCACAUGAAAAGUGCAGCAUUUCCAUACAUUUUUCUCCAAAUAAACCUAGAAAAUACAAGGUUGAUAUCCCUAUACGUUUAAAUGAAAAUCCAACAUGCUAUAGAAUAUUAUGUCUGAUUGGAGAGGUAAAAUCACCCAAGUUAUUGUUUCACCCUGCAUUUGUGUGUUUCACUCCUGUUCCUUUGGAUGUGACAACUACAAUGAAUAUCAGUAUUUUGCCUCAAAAUUAUUUCAGAAAUUCAACUCUAAGUGUCCAGAUUCCCACAGCAGGGCUUCCUGACAGUGAUGAGAUCCCCCCUCUUUCUGUGAAGUUUACAAAAGGCAGAGUCAUCACAGGCUCUCACAGUGGAAUUAACAAUGAGCCCCCCUGCCACAUCAGUUUCACAUCAUCUAAACCUGUGACAUUUCUCACCGAACUACUUUUCCAUGAUGACAAAGAUAACUGGUUUUCACUUCCACUUACUGCAACAGCAGAAAACUGCAUUCUUACUAUUUACCAAUAUAUGGCAACUUAUGCUGAUAAGGAAAAAAUUAUUUUAAAGAAUGAAGAUCAAAGAGCUCCGUAUGUGAGUCAACUGAAGUAUUGGAGAUGUGAGGGUGGUGCAGAGGUUAAUGCUGACGCUGAAGAUGUUGAUCUCUAUAAGGUCUGUGAGAGCAAGAAUUAG